AAUGGCAGCCUCCAUGAUGAACGUGGAGCAUCCGAUAAAACGAAGUUUUGAGACAAUUUGAUGACAUAUUUGACCGAAAUAUUUCCAAAUAUUUGAGCACAUACCUUUUUAGACGAAUAUGGCGUCCUCGUCACAAAGAUCAGCACUGACAGCUGACGAUCAUCUCGAUGAGGAAUAUGUCAAGUACCUCCAGAAACAGCUCUUGCUAACCAAUGAACAGGGUGGUUUUAUGCUGGAAUUGAGACUGCUGUUUGGAAAAAGUGAUGUCAAGGAACAAAUACCAAUAUUAAAAGAUAUGUGUGCAGGUUUAAAAGAACAGCUGGCUGAUGAGGAAAUUACUUUACCAUUGCAAGUAUUGGUCAAUGUCUAUCUCAACUGUCAACCAAAACAUCCAGUGAAGAGGAUAUUAGCCAGCACUUUCCAGAAUUAUCCCCCCUGUAUCAGAGAGGGGUCUAUGAAGGUGUUAACCACACAGCUACAAACAAAAAUGACUGCCUGUCAGACAAACGCUAACUCAGGUGUAACUCAAUGGAGGUCAGUUGUGGACAUGGUGUCCAGUUUGAUGGAGAACUUUAAACUCGGUGAAAACUGUCUCCAACUUAUGAGUUUACCAGUGGUGAAGUUUCUGGGUGAAGCACUGUCUCGGUUCAUCAAACUUUUCAGCUCCAGCAUGUCUCCUGUCAAGCGAAACGAAAUGAUGCACAAUUGCCUUGCAACUUUACAAACAACCAAUAGAAUGCUGCAGAAAUGUCACAUGACUUUACUAGAGACUUUGACUGAAUCUGAGUCACAGAAAUGUUUCCAAGAAUAUGCUGGAACAUUUAUGGCAUCAAAUAUGGAAAUACUAAAAUCAGGUAACUUUAUGUUGGACUGUAAGACAAGCUGUGGUAUGAAUCUAGCCUUGCUGCUCAAACUGAUCUGCCCACAGGAGGUUGUCACCCAGCUAUUACCGACUGUAUUCCGGAGACCUGUAGUCCAGGCCCUACAGUACCCCUGGUUUGAGCGGUGUGGCCUAUAUACCCUGACCAACAACACACUGACCCCCACCGGUCAUCUUUGUCUCUGUCAUGGUCUCUUUGCGCUACUUGACCCAGCUGACCUCCUUUAUGAGUUCACAGACAACACCUGUCUCCUACUGGACGUUUUCUUAGACGAGUUUCUCCAGCUGAAUUCUCAGUGUGAGGACACGAGCAGUAAGUUACUACUGGCUAAGUCUGUAUGUCUGUGGACUGUCCGGGCCAGUGCUUGUUUGAAAACUGAUUGUGUCUCUCCUGCUGUGAGGUCAAGGUUGAAAGGUGAAGAGGUCACUCUACAGAAAGUCCUACAGUAUGUAUGGGCCACUUGGGAGGAUACUGUGGACGCAAUAAGGUUAAAUGCAAGGGACACAUUUACAAAUUCACUGAAAGUUCACUCACUGGCUCAGCAGACUGAUCCCAGCCAGGACAGGUUUCUGCUGGAACUUGCCCGUACUCUCAUUCUCGACAUCAGCUGGUCAUGCAAGGGGAAGUAUGGCAGUCUGUGUGGAAUUGUGGGAUAUGUUGGCACCUCUCACUUCCUGUCAGUUUUACCCAGCAUGCCCAGGGACAUCCUGGAGCAAAUGAAGGAACAAACCUUAGCCUGUUAUGCCAGUGAGCUGUAUCAGAGAAUAGGCGAGACCCACAAGGGGGAUCUGCAUCUGAUGGAAGGGCCCGACCACCAGACCACGUGGCUGAGCCUGUGGGUGGACCCUGUGCUGGAAGUACUGUCGGGCAGCCAUAAACUCCACAAGCUACAUGUUAUGGAGUACAUCCUGCCCAAGCUAUUGAAGGAUGGAAAGGCGACACUCUAUCACAUGGUUCAGCAGCUGACCAAGAACACUGGAAAAGAUUCCUCUGAACAUCGCCUGGGAGCCUUAGUGACUUGUCUGAGGAGAGCUCGAGUUAUGGGACUUCUUCAGAACCAGGAGUCAGGAUCCCAGGAGUGCUUGUAUGGAGCUGUCAGUGUUGCAGUAAUCAAACAAGCCAUGGCCCACACAGAUGAACAGGUGAGACUGGAUGUAAUAGCCCUACUUUGUGAGAAUCAGAGGUCAACUGAGGUCAUCAGUAAAACUGAAUUUGAUUUGCUGAGACAAUUCUUACCUUGGAACCUCAACAACCAAUCACCAUCAUUCAGACAACACCUGCUGGCCCACCUAAAAAAGUUGUUUUUUAGACUACAAGAAAGCCAGGUAACACUCCGAAGGAACAUAAAGAACAGGAAGACUAAACCAGAUGAUGGGGAGUCUUACAGAGCUUCACUUGACAGCUAUCAGGAUUUUGUGGCCUGGUUAGUGGAACACCAGUUCCUGUGUCUGUCCGGCUCAUCCUUCGCCCGUCGCACCACCUGUCUGUCCAUCCUGUCACUGGUCACUACAGCUCUUCCUUACACUGGAGAUGACCUUGGGUUUGACCUUGUAGGCUGUGUUCAUUCCCCACAUCUCCAGUCCCUCUUGGAGUGUCUUACUGACACCUUUGAGGAAAACAAGAUGGAGGCCACAAAGAUCCUACAGUACUGUUGUCAGCACAUUGGAGGCAGACAGGGAGUUUCAGAUUUAGAGCCUCUCUUUGACACAGCCUUGACCUUGGCAGCAUCAACACGACCCCAGGACUGUACCACUGCUGCAUAUCUCCUCAAAGUUAUUCUGGUCCAACAAGAAAUCUAUGACAUUCUGAAAAACUCUGACAGAUAUCAGUCCAAACUCUUCCUAACAAAGCACAGGGAAACCUUCUGUCUGCCAUCAGUGGACAACAACCAAUCAGGACGAAGUCUACUGUUGCUAUGGAUACUGUUGUCAUACCUACAGGACCAGAAGGAGGUUGCUAAGGGUAGUCUUAUCAUGGCCGCAGCUAAUCGACCGCUGUAUCCCACUCUACACUGUAUCCGAUACCUCCUGUUUGAUGUGGCACUUAAAAAUCUUCCUCAGGACCAGUCUCUUCCAUAUUGGCAGUCCUUCAUACAAGACCUCAUCACAACUUGUCUGGAAAUUUCAGAGAUUGUCUCCCCUGUUGUCCAUAACACUUCGCCAGAGGGCAAUGUACCUGUGGAGGCCAUUGGGGGCCUGAACCUGGAUACUCUACUUCAUCCUAACAGUUUGAAAGAUGCUGAAAGGAGUAAAGAGACAGUGAUGCUGAUGCCGGAGUAUCUUGUCGUCUGCUGCUGGAGAAACAUCAAGGAGGUGUCACUCCUCCUGGGGCAGCUCAACCUUGCUACACCCAUCUCUGACCCCCACAGGCCUGACUCUGGGGGACUUUUGUCAUGUGAUCAGAUAUUGGUGAUGGGGAAAUACUUCAGGAAACAGUUACUGGAGUCUGUACAUAGGGGUGCUUUUGAGCUGGCUUAUGCAGGUUUUGUCAAAAUGGCGGACAUGCUCUGGAGGAGUAACAUCCAGGAGCUUCAUGAGUUGCCACGGAGAUGGCUUAAGGAAGUAAUGGUGGACAUUCAAGCAGACGACCCUGACUCCAAGUUGUGCUCUACUCGUAGGAGUGCCGGGGUGCCCUUCUACAUCCAGACAUUAGUCACCACUGAGCCCACCAGUACCGGUAGGUCCUGUUUUAAACAGGCAAUGACUGAUCUCCUACAGAUGGCGCUGUUAGACAGUACAGGACUGGAGUCUGCCUCCAAUCCACAGGUCCAUGCUUUGAACACCUUGAGGUCGCUGUACCGAGACACGAGACUUGCUGAAGAUGUGGCAUCGUUUGUAGCUGAUGGACUACGAGCAGCCAUUCUAGGCUUCCAGAAUCCAUUUUGGGCUGUGCGGAACUCAGCCACUCUGCUAUUGAGUGCUCUGAUAACACGUGUGUUUGGUGUAAAGAGAAGCAAGGAUGAAGGCAGUGUGUCCAAGAAAAACUGCCAGACAGGGAGGGCCUUCUUCCACCGGUAUCCUUCACUUUACAAGUUUCUGUUGGACCAACUAGCCACAGCAACAGAAAAUAUCGGGAACUCUGAGGGUGCAUUACACCUCCAUCCCUCACUCUACCCCAUACUGAUGGUCCUUGGGAGGUUGUUCCCGUCACACCUAGAGGGCGCUGACACCAGCCUCAAUCUGGCCGCAUUUAUACCCUACGUCAUUAGAUGUAGUUCCAGUGCCGUGUACAAGACUAGGAUCAUGUCUGCCAAGGCUUUGCAGCCAUUGGUCCUCCCAGAUCAGCUGACCUCUGUACUGUCACAACUACUGGGCAUGCUCCCUGACUCUGGCAUACAAUCAACCAAUCAGAAUCUCAUUCAUGGCCUUUUACCCCAGGUCCACCAGUUGAUUCAGACUCUACCCCGUGUCAGUGAGGCGGUCAGGGUCCAGACUGGUCAUCUGUUACUAUCAAAGUGGGGCGACAAAAUCUGGCUCAUUACAAGAAGGAACACUUGUUUCAUGACAAGGACAGAAGCUCUCAAUGUCACAUGUAGCAUUCUCAAAAUCUACGAGGCAGUUGAAGAUGAAGAAAUGUUGUUGUCCCUGAAGACAAUUAGAGGAGAAUACGUGAAAGUCUUACAACAGGAACUUGAACUUUUUGACCUCAAGGAUCGUCUACAAUUGGCCGGAUUUACAGAGUUUAUAGUAGCAGUAGCUAGACUGGAACUGUUGUCCGACCAUGUAAAGGGAAGUAACUCCAGUAUACUAUCCCUCCUCAGGAGAUUGGUGCUGUGUGUGUACUAUGAGGUGAGAUUGAUAGCGCUGGUUUUUAUCAGAGACGUCUUCUGUGGUGAACAAUCUGAUGGCAGUCAGGAGGACACUUGGACACUCGUGUUCCAAGGUGUUGACGUUUUCAGGGAGUUCCGAGGAGACCAGUUGGACUGUCUGAGAUGUGAGAUUGCAGAGUCCACAGACAUCCUAAAUCUUCUGUUACAACGGGGCUUGUCAGAGGAGAAACACUACGAAUGUAUCAUUCAGGUGUUUGAGGUGUUAGCCUGUCAUCCCCUUGUCUGUUCCUGGGAUUGGAGCUCGUCAGCAGGACAGACACCAUCACAGAUACUGGCGACGUGCCUUCACAUGAUCAAGUCUAACCCGAGGGAUGAGAUCAUAGCUGCAGUGAUCCAGUUUACGGGCGUAAUGAUAAGAGGCGUGAUACGAGGCACAUAUGAUAGAUCAGGGGCAGAUAACUCUAAACAGAUACAGCAAUGGUUGAUGGUCCUUAAGGAGCACAGUUCCUCAGAGCAGUGUCCACUUCUACAGGUCAGCUGUGCCAAGGUCAUAGGUCAGAAUGUGGACCUCCUGCUGGUUGACUCGGAAAACAAACUAGGUGACCUGACCUUUGAGUUUUGGACAGUCUUGGUCAAUUUACUCCAGGAGGAUGAUGGGCAAGUAAAGCAGGUGGCUACUGAGGCUUUGUCCAAACUUUGUGAGACAAGAGGUACAGUACAACCCUUCCUAUCACUGGACCUGUUGAUUGGUCAGUUGGUCAUUUGUCAUGGUACUACGACGAGAUGGAAGGGAUGCUUGUCCACUCUGGUCAACUGGAUAAAAGGAGAGGAUUCGGACAAUAGUGAUGUUGAGGAGAGACUGUUUGACAAGGGGGAGAUGAACACCUACAGGGAGGAUGUUAUAUAUGUCCAAAUUAUCAUCAAGCAUCUGGCCACUCUUCUUCUUCAACUGACCGGUGGUCAAGAUCUAACAGAGGCUUUUUCUAACAGCAAUCAGUCUGAUGGCAUGGCAGCUAGGGGAGACAACUCUACACAUAAAAAUAGCACAAAACUUGACAAUGUGGUCAGGUAUUGUGAAAGACAUUUUCCCUCCCAAGAAAUAGACAAACAUUUUGUAAAACUACAAAAGCCUGAAACUGCUACAUUUUGUUUGUCAGAUAUGGAAACAAUAUUCAAGGAAAUCCUAGAUGUCUUAUACAAAUCUAUUGAAGCACAGGAAGUAGUGACUGUAUCAUCACCAUUCUUGGAAGUUUCAUGGUACAGGACAGUGUUUCCAAACAUCUACAGGACCCUGAAACUGAUGAGCAUGGCCCAAUGCUUGAGUGACUCACUUCGUGACCAAUGUGAUGUCAUUCGUUUGUGUAUUGUUAGUAAACUAGGGAAGCGAAGUCCAGUGAUAAACACGCUGGUAUCUAGUGCGAUGAUGUAACCGAAUCUAUAAAUAGUUCAUCAUAUAUUGAUAUAUGCCUCCUUAAAUGUUUUACUGUUUAAUCCUAAGGUAAAUAACAACAUCUGCAGUGGUGAAUUGUUUUCUCUUAAAAAAGUAAAGAAAAUAUGAUGCA